CGCGGAAGCAAAACGCGAGCACAUUCCACGUCACUUGAGGUGGAUUUAACGCGGCGAGCCAGGAUUCUGACAUAAGAAUUUAGCGCUUUGACGUGAAACUCGCCGGAUGUGAUGCCACGUUCAUUCUGGCUUCACGCUCAAACUGACAGCGAACGGAAUAUCAGCGGGUUGUAAACAGAGGUUUCAUCUCAAGUGUGUCUGAUCUGGUGCUUGAUCUUAAUGGGCGAAUCAGGGACACGCCGCUCCACCCUGGUCUCCAGGCUUCCCAUCUUUAGACGUAGCGGGCGAAAGAGGCAGGACUCGCUUCCCUCCUCGCCCUCCUCCGGCGGUGUCGGCAAUGGCGUCCACACUUCCUCUCCCUCCAGCACGAACUCCAGCUCCAGCAGCACGGGCAAACGCCGAAGCCUGUUCCGCACUCCGUCCCUCAGCUUCCACUGCAAGAGGAACAGUGACCCGACCCAGCUCAGCCUGGACAAUCGCAGCCAGGGAUCUGAAGCCACCUUUCGAGACGGUUCUGUCUCAAAGACGCGGCAUUCAUUCGGAUUUGGCGGACAUAAGAAAAAAAUCACCCGAUCUCAAACGGAAGACCUCGAGAAGGCAUCCACAAACCGCAGCGUGUUUAUUAAUUGCAUCAGCUCAGGGACAAACGAGGGAGAUGAUUCAGGGUUCCUUGAUGAUGUGAGCAGCAAAAGGUCUUCCAAACAUAAGAAGCAGCUGCUACCCAAGUCCUUAUCAGCUCACCAACGGUUUUCCAAGAACUUGCCCAAUGUCCCAGACCAGAGCAAAGGUCAGGAUGCUGUGGAAGAUCCUCCUAAAACUGGUACCCCAGGUUCCUGGCCUGGAGAACUGGUUGAGAGUUCUCUACAGUCGCCUAUGAUCUCAGAAGACCGCACCACGGCAAUAACACCAUCCGAUUUUGUUCACGUCACCGAGGACUCUGUCUCAGAAGUGGAUGCUUUGCCAGCACCCAGUCCAGCUGCUCCACCUGAAAACUUUAGCCAAGCUGUUUCUACCUCACAGGUGUCCUUCACCCCAGCCCAGGCCACCACAGAAAAGCAUGUACUGCCAGAUACCAGCCACACAACCAACACACAGUGCGAGAGCACCACUGCCCAUACAGAACCAGCAACACUGCAGACAGUGAAAGAGCUGAACCCUAAUGCUAACCCUGACCAGUCAGAUACCAGUGAGAUUGAGCAAGCUCCAGAACUGAGUGAGGAAAGCAGCUCCAAUCCAGACCCCCGAGAGAGGCGGUCCAGGAACACUGUGCUCAUCCAGCAGGCAGGAAGAUCAUCAGGCCUGAGCAAACUGGAGACCAGGCCGAGUCACCUGAGGAAGCCGCACACAGUGUCCAUGUGCAGCAGCGUGAGCCCGUACCAUGAGGUUAUGCGCAUGGAGAGGCGUCUGCGGUCGGCCUCUGAGGGUGCAGGAGGACCCAGACUUCACCUCAACCUCAGGGAUCCUCACUGCAUGGAGGGCAACACUUUAUCCAAGCAGAGAACCAGUUCCUCAUCUUCCAAACUGGGCAGCCUGGAUGUUUUGAAUAACCUUGGCUCAUCCGAGUUGGAUGAGGAUGACCUGAUGCUGGAUCUUGACCUCUCGGAUGACCAGCGACCUCACCAUGCCUCACGGGAGGACUCCAGUCAGUCCCUUGCAUCAUUCCUCAACCUGCUGCCCUCACCCAUGGAGGCCUCCACCGACCGGACCCCUGGAAGAGAGCCCAAGGAGCCCACCCUCAGGGAGCAGCGACCGAUGUCCCUCUGUCUGUCUCGUGAUGAUGAACCUUUGCCCGGGCUGGAAGCGUUGCCGUUCAGGCUGAUGCAGCAGGACUGCACAGCGGUAAAGACUCUUCUGCUGCGGUUACGCAGGACCCUGCAGGAGAGCACUGAGAUCAGUCCUGCCAGCAGCCUUCACUCUCUACCCAUAAGCCCCUGCAGUGAGAAAUCACUCCCCUUUAAGGAUCCUGGGAGAGAAGAGAACCAGUUCCUGCAACAGCAGCUGAAGGAGAAAGACGAGCUCAUUGUACGACUCCAGGCUGAGUUGGAAUCCACCCGCGCUGCUCUGAAAUCUCUUUGCCAAAAAGCUGACAAAAGCACUCAGACAGAUUUCUUACUCUCAGAGGCAAUCCAUCCAAGUCGACCCACAGGCCAAAACAGCAACAUUCCCAGCAGCAGCAGCCUCACAAGAGAGCGAAGGUCGGCUCGAACGUCCGCUGCUGACCAGCACAGUCGGUCAUGUGAGGAGAGGGCUUGCAGCAAUGGCGGAGGAGGACUGCGGAGACCUGAAGGUGGGCAGUCCAUGUCUGAGGUACCCGGGCCCCGGAAGACAGAGCACUCGGGGCCGUCUCAGAUCCCCCGGGCCGUGGCCGGCAGCAGCGUGAGCCUCCCCAGCAAGGCCAGUCCCUCACGCAGCCUGUCCUCGGACAGCGAACGGGGGCAGAGGAGCGAGCGAGGCCCUAUUCCCAGGCUUCAGUCCUCCUUUACCGGCCGUCUGGGUCAGCCGCCCCGUGGGCCUCUGUCUUUACACAUGUACAGCCGAAAGAACGUCUUCCUACAGCACUCGCUCCAUACAGCCGAACUGCAGGCUCUCGCUCAGCAGGACGGUUGAAAACACACACACACGCACAUCCCGAACACUGACACAUGCCUCAGAUGGAUACGAAUUCAAGGUGCAGUUCCUCAGUGGCCACGAGUACCUUCAGACCCACGUGUACUCGGUUACAUUCAAGGCUAUUUUUUUCCUUCAAACCUCAACCGAACUUUAACCGCACAGUGAGUCUCUUCUUAGAGUAAUCAGUAAAGUAAUCAUCUAUAUUAAGUGUCAAAACCAAUCCGUCGUCUGCACUACUUAAGCCUUUUUGAAGAAAUAGUAUAUGCUGCUCCGAUAAGUACUUUAGAUUGACGGUCCAAUUAAGGUGAGAGAUUCACUCGCAACACUAUCGCAUUGUACAGUUCUGCUAAAAUGUUAAAGACGAUGUUGACAUUUUGGCUUCCAUUGUAUCAUUAGAAGAAAUCCAGGGUCCAACAUUAAUCCUUGCCAAGACUCAAAUUCAAGCAAGUUUUGGCAAGUUAAUUUAUCCAUGAUGGUUUAUAUUGAACUGUAAGACCUUUGUUGCUGUCAGUGAUCAAUUAAAUGUCGGAUCUAAAUUUCUGAAUAUCCAUUUGAUGACAAAUUACUGUUCAAAUGUGUGGGGUCACAAAUAUUUGUCUUGAAAGAAGUUUCGUACGCUCACCAAGGCUGCAUUUAUGUGAUUAAGAGUGUGAUAAACAGUAUUUUUUUUUAAUGUAUUAUACUUCAAAAUAUUUUAAUAUAUUUUAAAUUGUAAUUUAUUGCUGUGAUGGCAAAGCUGGAUUUUCAGCAGUAAUUACUCCAGUUUUCAGUGUCACCUGAUUUGAAACCUGAUUUUUAUGGACCAUUUGAAAGAAUAAUUAUUUUGAAAUAUGAAUCCUAUGUAAUAUAAACAUGUGUCCUGUCACUAUUGGAUAUAUUAAAUGCAUGCAUCCUUGCUGAAUAAAAAAAAGAUCUCAUUAAAAAAACAUUCUGUCCCCAAACUUUUGAACAGUAUUAUGUGAUAUAUGUGACAAUGAACCACAAAAGCAGUCAUAAGGGUCAUUUUUUUGAAAAUUAUACAAUAAGCUUUCCAUAGAUGUAUGGUUUGUUAGGAUAGCAUAUAAUUUGGCUGAGAUACAAAUAUUUAAAAUCUGGAAUCUGAGGGUGCAAACAUAUCAAAAUAUUGAGAAAAUCACCUUUGAAGUUGUCCACAUGAAGUUCUUAUCAAUGCAUAUUACUAAUUAAAAAUUAAGUAUUGAUAUAUGGGUCAUUCUAUAAUUAGGGGUACAUUUUAGAAUUUGAUAAUGUGAAGAAAACGUUUUCCUUUUUCCCAAAAACCCAAACAUGUUCUUACAUAGCUGCUUUGAAACAAUCUAUAUUGUAUAAAGUGCUAUAUAAAUAAAGGUGAUCUGUAGAAAUAUGUGCAUAAAAUACCGUCUGUUUGCUACUGUUCACCAUGUUACCUUUACCGGGUAACACAGUUGACAGGUAACUUAGUUGACUUUUUUUUGGGCUUAUACUCAACAUGGAAGCAUAUGGUAUGUUUAGAAAUAUAUUUUUAUAAACAAAACUUAAAUUGUCUUGUCUUGUUAAAAUUUGCAGCAAUAAUACAACAGUGUAACACUGUUGACAGUCAGUUAACCUAGUCUUGACAGGUUUGCUAGUUUAACCAAUAUUAGGGGAAAGAGAGAGAACACAACUGCUAGUGUUUCAUCCAUGAGCUUCUAGAGGAAAUAUCAUUAUACUGUGCAAAUUAUGCGAGAAUUCCUUUUUGAGAGGGAUUUCUAGUGGGUAACUUAGUUGACAGUGGUUUUGUGGACGCAAUAAAACAAGUUAUAUCACAGUAAACACUUGUUAUUUUUGAAGCACAUAUCCAGAUGUAUUGAUAACCUAAUCUAACUGAAGGCAAAACUAUGAAAUUAAUUUAUAUUUGAGGUAAUUUUCAUGCUUAAAUGCAGAGUAGAAUGAGCAACGUUACAAAAUCGGACAGCUGAAUACCAGGGUUAUAUGUGAUAUGAACAUCAUUUUUGAACAAAAGACAUGGCUUUUUCAACAUGUAGUAUGAUAUAAUUGUGUACUAGAAAAUUAAGCAGGGCUUAAAAAUAUACCUCAUGGAUACUUAUGACUGGUUUUGUGGUCCAGGGUCACAUAUGUUGAACGUUACUCAUAUUAAGCCACCAUAAUCAAAAAACUGUGAACAAAAUGGAAGAUGUGAAAAACUAGUAAAUGUGAAUGAGGAAAAAAGACUAAUUUUGUACUGGUCAUAAAAACACCGCUUCAUGGCGAGUACCAACAUUUUUUGGGGGGCUGGUAGAUUUUCUUAAUUCACCUGCCAAUAGUGUGCCAAAAAGUUAAUUUUGGACCCUGUGCAACCUUUAUUAAAGUUUCCAAAACCUUAAGUCUUAGACUCACAACUAUAGACUUACUUGUUAGAUGAAGCCCAAUUAGUAGUGAUGUUUAUAAUAGUAGGUCACACAAAUAGCCUAGCACGUUGUUUUGCACCAGCAAACAUGACACUGAAGAUCCAUGCAUAUAUUGCCAAAUCAAUCCUGAGUCAAAGACAUGACAUUGAAACUCUUGCUGCCGGUGAGAAUUACCCACAUGUUGUCAAACCCCUUUCAGGGAGUUUAACACUCAUUAGCCUCUUCUAAUUGCAAACUGCUCUCUUUCUUUUUUUUUUUCAUUUUUCUUUUGCGGUAAACAAAAUAUCAAAGCUUUUUUCACACUGGAGAUAAGCUAAACUAAGUUUGAUAGCCCUUGUGGAAGAACUAAGUGAGAGUCGUAAACACUUAGAUGGGCCUCAAGGCAGCUGGACUUCAAGAAAGAAAUGCCCUUCAUUAAUCAAAGAAAGGGGAAUACAUUAUUACAUUUGACAUAGGUGAGACUUUGAAUUUUAUUAAAAAAAGAUGGUAAAUAUAUUUAAUUAAACAUCAACUUCAAUAAGUUUUAAACUGCCAUAGAUGGCCUAGUACACACUCUCAAAUGAGGAAUGGCCUCGUUUUGGUAGCGUUGGGUUAACGUUGGUGUAACGUUGGGACGGCGUUGACCCGGCUUUGCGGAUCAGGAGCUCAAGCAAGGACGCAUGGAGGAGAAGGAAACCCUGAAGAAACGCAGUCCCAUCCAUCCAGCAGGUCUGCUCCCUGAGGUCCAGUGCUCCAAUUUCAGCAAUCUGUUGGGAGCACCAUCACUUCCUCUCUCUCUAUCUCCUUCUCCCUCCCAGACCUACUUCCAGCUCUCUGUGUGAUCAGGCUCAGGGAGAGAAAGACUUUAGCACGGUCUCGCCACUACAUCCUCCGAUAUUAAAAUUUCACUCCUUAAACUGGAACGUGUUUGUCUUGUUGAAGAUCCAAAAUCAAAACUUAAUAUAUAAUAUACAAUUUAAGUGAAAGAAAAUUCUGUCAUGAAUUACUCACCCUCAUGACGUUCCCAAAACCCGUAAGAUCGUUUAUCUUCAGAACACAAAUUAAGAUGUUUUUGAUGAAAUGGUCAUUUCUAAUAUUUCUUUUUCCGUUUUUAAAUCGGCCUAAUUCAUCCAUCUUUUGUUUGCAAGGCAAACAGUUAAUUUUGGACCCUGCUUACAGUAUUUCGAAAUGACCUCAGGAGAGCAGACUGCUGUUAGUCAGCCAAUUUGAGACAGUUCAGCCCUCGAUAACUGCGGUCAGCAAUACUGUUUAAAUUCUGUGUGGGUGCCAGUUUGUGACUGGUGAAUGUUAAAUGCGUGUUCCCAGAGGCAGGAAUUGUCCUUGUUCCUUCCUGAGCCUCCCUUGUGUCUUUGACACAUGACUUUAAACUACACGUUUGAGCCAUGACGCCUGAAGGACGAACAUUUAAACGGACUUGAAUAUGCGAGAUCAUGGAACUCAUGGAUCUCAAGUGACUCAAUCAUUGACAUGCCUAUAUGUGCCGUCACAUUUCUGAAUUCAGAAUUCUUUAUCAUUCAGUAGAUAUUUAUUUGGCCUUAUUUAUUAUGUGAUAUUGUAAAUCGACUAUCAACUUAGGCUUUUAUUUGUCUGUCUGAACUCUUUGUAUCAAUGCAUAGAAAAUUGUCUUCGUUGCAGAUACUGUUGCUAUUACGAAAUCAUCUCUUAAAUCAUUUUUUCUUUUUUUCAUCAGUAUGUACAGGGUUUGCAUAACAAUGGCACUUUCAAGAGAUUUAAACCCAAAUGAGAUUUGAAAUUACCUUUAUCUGUAUCUUUUCUCUCACUGGUGGUUUUCAUUAUGAUGUUCCUGAUUUGCACCAAAUGUAAUAUAUUCAUUCAUUAAAGA